AUGAUAGAGUUGAGGAACAGUAGGUUAGUGGAUCAGCUUGAAGAUGUAAUCAGACCUUCAAAGCUGAAAAGGAUGGCAGAGGCAACAUUGGAACAAGAGAAGAACAAGGAGAAUCAAAAGCAAGAUGAAGGUUCAUCAACAAGUCAGCAACCUGCAAUAACCAAGGACAUCAGCAAGGAAUCCGAAGUUGAAGUCACUUCCCCUAUUCUGGUUGAACCUGAAAUUCAGGUCCAUAUAAAUCUUCCUUUUGUGGAUGCAUUAGAACAGAUGCUCGGUUAUGUAAAAUUCAUGAAAGAAAUUCUCUCAAGAAAAAGGAGAUUGGCAAAAUUUGAAAAUGUUGCUCUUACUCAAGAGAGCAGUAAAUACUUGCUGAGCAAGUUACCUCCUAAAUUAGAGGAUCUAGGGAGUUUUACAAUUCCUUGCACCAUAGGUGAUCACUACAUAGGAAAGACAUUGUGUGACUUAGGAGCCAACAUCAAUUUGAUGCCUAUGAAAGUAUUUAGGAAGUUAAAAGUAGGAGAACCCAACCCUACAAUUGUCAAUCUACAAUUGGCUGAUAGAUCCAUAGUUUACCCUGAAGGAAAAAUAGAGAAUGUCCUAGUCAAGGUAGAUAAAUUCAUUUUACCUAUUGACUUUAUCAUUUUAGACUAUAAGGAGGAUAAGGAAGUGCCUAUAAUUUUAGGUAGAGAUUUUUUAGCCAUUGGAGGGGAUGUUAUAGAUGUGAAGGAGGGUGAGCAAAUUAAAUUUAAUAUUUUAAAAGCCAUGAAAUACCCAAGAGAAAUGGAAGAGUGUUCUAGAAUGGAUGUAAUUGAUGUUGUUGUUAAAGAGGGAUUCAUGGAGGCAAAAUUAGUUGAUCCUUUAGCAGCCACUGUUUGUGAGAGUUUAGAAGUCAAUAGGGCGGAUGCUGAAGAAUGGUCCAAAGAAUGGUCCAAACGGUUGACUACUAGAUCUAUCCCAAACUGGAAAAAUAAAAUUUUGAGUCUUUAG